UGGUGCAAUAUAUCUAUCAUGGGUAGUACGGACGUUGCGACGAAGUUGCUGAAUGAUAGCUACGAUGCCGAAGAGUACGGGGCGAACUUGAAGAUUUUACCUUGUAACAAUCAAGUGAAAGAGUUGCAAACUAUUUUGCGGGAUAAAAAUACCACAAGGAGUGAUUUCAAAUUCUAUGCUGAUCGUUUGAUCAGAUUAGUUAUUGAAGAGAGUUUGAACCAAUUGCCUUUUACAAAAUGUGUAGUAACAACUCCGACUGGUGCCACUUACAAAGGUUUGAAGUAUCAAAAAGGAAACUGUGGUGUAUCUAUAGUGAGAAGUGGAGAAGCUAUGGAACAGGGUCUCAGAGAUUGUUGUCGUAGCAUCAGAAUUGGUAAAAUAUUAGUAGAAAGUGACAUGGACACACAUGAAGCUAGAGUGGUUUAUGCCAAAUUCCCAGAUGAUAUAUCCGAGAGAAAAGUCUUGUUGAUGUAUCCAAUAAUGAGUACGGGAAAUACUGUUAUAAAAGCUAUAGCUGUUUUAAAGGAACACAAUGUUCUUGAAGAGAAUAUUAUACUGUCAAAUUUAUUUUGUACGCCAAUCGCAGCCAAGUCUUUAAUCACUGCCUUUCCUAAGAUGAAGAUCUUAACAUCAGAGAUCCAUACUGUUGCGCCAAAUCAUUUUGGACAAAAAUACUUUGGCUGUACUCGUGUCAUAGUGGAAACACCAAAUAUACAAGAGAAAGAUAGUUAAGGAAUUAGAUAGCGUUCUAUUUUAAAAGUACAACACCCUGUAAGAAUCUAUUAGAGAAUAUAUUAUUGACUGAAGAUAAGAUGUGUAUAAAAAAAUAGUAUUUUUAACUGUAUAUCGAAAAGAAACAUAUAUAUUUUGUGUAUAUAUUUAAAACUUUUUUACAUUGCUUUUAGAAGAGAAGUCAGCGGAUUUAUAGAUGACAAUUAAUGUAUCUGUAUUCAAGUUUACUAAAUGAACGAAAUAUGUAGUCAAUUACUCCAAUAGUUAUUAUGUAAUGUAUACAUAAUGCUAAACGGAUAUUUUUUGUGAUAAAUUAGAGAAAUAAAAAGUUUUAGGAUAUACAAACAAGUUGAAACUUAAGUUUAAAUAAUAUAUAUUUUGUCUUUAGUAAAUUUUCUUGUAUGCUUGUGUAACAAUGAUCACCAUGAUCUAUAUAUAUAUAUAUACGUAAUGAUAUAUUUUUGUAAUGAUAUAAUGUUUUAUUUGUAAAUAUAUAUGG